AUGAAGAGAAUAAAUGAAAAAGGAAUUGGUGAUAUCAUUAAUGUCAGCGAUGUAAUGAUGAAAAGAAAUUUUGACUCAUUAUUUACAAAACCGAAAACAGAAUAUAGUCUUUAUGACGUAAUUACCGAAUUAAUGAAAAAGAUUAAUGAUAAUAAGAGUUCUGGCGGAAGAGUUGAAUUAGAAGUGAAUGAUGUUAAUGAGAAAUUAGCCGAAAAAGCAAACAAAAACCACGUUCAUUAUAUAACUUCAGACGAACAGAUUAUAACGGACUACCAUGGAUAUUUAACACGAAGUGAUGAAGCGAAGACAAAAAAUGUUAAUGAAAGAAGAUAUAAAUACAUUCGUGCUAAAGGUUAUGACAUAAGCUGUACUGUACAGUAUGAUGUAGCUAAAGCACCAGAAGCAUUUGGUUAUACCGGUGAAAUUUAUGCCUCUACUUUCAAUGUUAAUGGUGUAUUAGUUGAACCAAGAUUUACUUUGAGAGUUAAGUCAAAAAUAACGUUUGAAGAUGCUAUUAAAAGUAAAGCUGACAAAGAUGAACUUGACGCAACGAACAAAGUUUUGAAAUCUCAUAAACACAACAUCUCCGAUAUAAAUGAACUUCAAACUUCUUUAGACAGUAAAGCUGACAAGAACCAUACACAUAAAUCCUUCACUACUGUUAGAGCAGACGACAUAAUAUUGAACUUUGACCUUGGUUCAAGUGCACCUUUAGAGAAUCCAAGUACAAGCGUAAAAGAUACACUAAACUCCUUAAAUAGUAAAUGUAUGAACAUUGAAGGUCAUGUCAGAAACUUUGAAACACAUGAACUACCAGCAAUGUUAGAUAAGAAAGCAGAUAAGAACCAUACACAUGAUUUCUUCACAACUGUUG